AUGCCGUUCUCCCUUCCUUAUUAUCGAGAUUCUCGUCAAUUACCAGGACCUCUUCCUGAUCGGAAUGAGAUCGAACGGGCAACAAGAACCCUCCCCAGGAGAUCAGACUAUGGUGGGCGCCUGGUUGUAAUCAGAGACAAAUAUGUUGUGAAGUAUGGCCCACUUGUGACUGAAAAUGAGGGAUACGCUCUACUUUUUGUUGAACAACAGCUCAACAUCCCAGCGCCACGACUCUAUGCCAUGUACCGCGACCGGGACAGCCUGUAUAUCGUCAUGGAGUACGUCCCCGGCAUUUCUCUAGGGAUGGUGUGGGCUUCGCUCACUGAGGCAAAUAAACAUUCGAUUGUUGGAAAAUUGCGAUGCGUCUUCGACCAAAUGAGAGCGCUGCCAUCGCCCGGAUUUUACGGCAGUGUCAACCGAGGACCCGUUCCCCAUAGAUAUUUCUUUUCUCGUGAAAGAGACACCGCCGUUACCGGCCCCUUUCGGACAGAAGAAGAAUUCGGAAAAGCCAUCGCACUUCGCUCAAAAGCUAUGUGGAGCGAAUCAAAUAGUCACAGCUUUCUCUCUGACUAUCUUGCUCGUCACCUUCCAUCAGCACUUCGCAAUCAUCCGCCUACAUUCACACACGGAGAUCUCUACAGAGAGAAUGUCCUCGUCAAAAAGGUCGUCAAUUCUCUCGCAAAUGAAGAAGAGUAUACAGUAGUUGCUCUUGUGGACUGGGAAACGGCUGGAUGGUAUCCUUCGUACUGGGAAUACGCUCAUAUCUUCCCUUUAUUGCAGUGGAUUGACGACUGGCCGGCAUAUAUUGAGAAGAUUCUCGAUCCCUUGCCGCUCGAGGGCGCCAUGAUGCGGAUCGUCUUUAGUGAUCUAGAGUUCUAA